AUGCUCAUCAAAAAGUCUCAGUACAUUUGUCAUCACCAAACUCAAAACACAGGAGAGAAAUCUUGUAUCUAUAGUAAAUGUUACAGAAACAAUGGCCGUAUCACCACCCAUCAGCAGAAACAUGCAGGACAGAAGCCCUGUGUAUGUAGUGUAUGUGGGAAAGGCUUCACCACGAAGAGCCAUCUGAUUGUACAUCAGCGAUCUCACACAGGAGAGAAACCCUGUGUAUGCCGUGCAUGUGGAAAAAGCUUCACCGUGAAGUCGAACUUGGUUGUACAUCAACGAACUCAUACAGGAGAGAAACCUUAUAUCUGUAGUGAAUGCGGGAAAGGUUUCACCAGGAAGUGCGGUCUGAUUAUACAUCAGCGAUCUCACACAGGAGAGAAACCUUAUGUAUGCAGUGAAUGUGGAAAAGGGUUCUCAGUGAAGGACAAGCUUGUAUUACAUCAAUGCACUCAUACGGGGGAGAAACCUUACAUGUGUAGUGAAUGCGGGAGAGGUUUCAAAACCAAGUAUGACCUGAUUAUUCAUCAGCGAUCUCACACAGGAGAGAAACCCUAUGUAUGCAGUGAAUGUGGAAAAGCCUUCCCAGUGAAGAAGAAACUAGUUUUACAUCAAGGGACUUAUACAGGACAGAAACGUCAUUCUUGCAGUGAAUGUGGAAAAAGCUUCACAGUUAAGGUAAACCUGGUUGUACAUCAACGGACUCAUACAGGAGAGAAACCUUAUAUCUGUAGUGAAUGAGGGAAAGGUUUUACCACGAAGGGCCUUCUGAUUAUAUAUCAGCGAUCUCACACAGGAGUGAAACUCUAUGUGUGCAGUGAAUGUGGAAAACGCUUCUCUGCGAAGGUCAAGCUUAUUUUACAUCAGCGGACUCAUAAAGGAGAGAAACCUUAUACGUGUACUGAAUGCGGGAAAGGUUUCAAAGAGAGAAACCCUUUGUAUGCAGUGAAUGUACAUCAACGAAUUCAUACAGGAGAGAGACCAUAUUUCUGUAGUCAAUGCAGUAAACGUUUCACCAGGAAGAGCUAUCUGAUUGUGCAUCAGUGA